AUGGGCAACUAUCCUUCCAGAUUCCAGUGCCUUGAUAUUCCAGUCUUGAGUGAUGCCAGCUGCAGAAGUGCAUAUCCUGGUCAAAUCACUGCUAACAUGAUCUGUCUUGGCUUCCUUGAAGGUGGAAAGGAUUCCUGUCAAGAUGAUUCUGGUGGCCCAGCUGUUUGCAAUGGGCAGUUGCAGAACAUUAUGUCAUGGGGAGAUAAAUGUCCUCAGAACAACAACCCAGGAGUUUACACCAAAGUCUGUAAUUACACUGCUUGGGUUCAGAACAUCAUCAUCAAUUCCAACUAA